GCAGUACUUUAUUAUUGGAUCGGUUAGUAUGCAUCUCCGAUAUUCCGCAAAUGGCUGGGAUUUCGCCUAGGGCGAUUUCUAUAGGAUUCAGGUCCCAUAGUCGCCAGAGGGGUUUUCAAACAAAACAAUAAUGAGAUUGCUUCGAGUCGCCGAUACAUUAUCCCUAAGAGCAGAGCAUCCACUUCUGGUAAAAUACUAGGAGGCUCUUGUUAAUCAUACCUGGCUCUAUAUCAGUAUAGUGCAACUGUCAUACCUACUAACUUUCCAAUAUUGAUGCAACACUCACUAUUGGCAAUGGCGUUCAAUAGUACAGGGCCUACUAGCCUCAAUUACCAUGCCACAAAUACAUAAUCCAGGAAACCUCAUAUCACUCGCAGUGUCUUCUCUGGCUCUAGAAUUGAGGAGUUUCUGGAAAAAUAAGUACGAGACUUCUCAACCGUCAUACAAUGUUAUUCGCUUUCACCUCCCGUUCAACAAAAGUGAGAGCUACUGGUGGGACACUACAGCUGUUAUCCUGAGCAAACUCAUGUUCCAAGCGGACUACCCGCUAUUCCUCCACUAUGAGAGACUUUCAUACUUCUACGACAUUGUGUUACCAGCAUGGGGCCCUAUCCUCCUCAACACAGACGGUCAGCCCGAUUGUCGAGCUUGGAAGCCAACCAUGCUAGCAGACGACUCGAGCUGCAAACCCAGGGUCAACUUGAGAACUACCGGCACCACGGAGACUGCCAUACGGUGCGACGAUCCGACGAUCAUGGCCGUCGAACUCCUUCCCACCUUCUACAAGGUGGUCCUCAACAUUAAAGACGGUGAAAAAGACAAAGCGCUUACUGCAUAUCAUCCAGGAUGGGGUAGCGUGCUUUUCAACUGCACUUUCAGAUCCGGCGCCGCAAUACCUACGCCGCAGUUCUACAUACAACCUGGAUGUUUUUUUGCCAAGUGAAAAGUCUAUCAUUGAGCGAAUCAUUCUGUUCUGGAGACGUAUCGGAUAGAAUCAACAAGCUGACAUGUAUGCGAAAGAUUGGCAUGAUACUUUGUAAGUGUAUAUAAUCGACGGUGAUAUAUAUAGUUUUUAACGAGACUUGGCCCAUGGGUUAACAGUAGUGGAUAUGGAAAAAUAGCUGUGCUGUUACUCGCGUACAAGAACGAUGGAUCCGGGGUGUACCAGAGCGUUUACUUUUCCCCGACGGUGCAUAUUGCGCAGAGACGCUAGGCUAUAUAUAAGGAGAAUGCGACUUUGAUACAGAACAUUGAAUCUAAGUACACUGCCUUGUACAGGUAUAGCAUAAAUAAAAUCGGCACCAAGGUUAUGCCAGGUUCGCAUCACCUGAAGAGAUCCAGUCUCAAUAAC